AUGGUACUGAGAAACAUAACACCUAUUGAUGGCUUGAUGAAUGGGACUAGACUUCAGAUCACUCAGCUCAUGGACUUUAUGGUUCAAGCCAGAAUUAUAACAGGAGAAAGAGUUGGGGAAAUUGUUGAUAUUCCUAGAUUGUUGAUAACUCCAUCAGACACGAGAUUGCCUUUUAAGAUGCGGAGAAGGCAGCUGCCUCUUGCUGUUGCUUUUGCAAUGACAAUUAACAAAAGUCAAGGUCAAUCGCUAUCUGAAGUUGGUCUCUAUCUACCUAGACCUGUUUUUUCACAUGGGCAGCUAUAUGUUGCUGUUUCUAGAGUGACUUCGAAAAAAGUGGUCAAGGUUUGA